ACAAAAGUACAUGAUAGUGGGAUGGUGUGCUCGUGGAUGAUCAGAGCAAAAUAUCCGUCUUUGCAAAAGUAAAUUGAAUGGAAAGUUUGUCUUGUUGUAGAGUAGCGCCAAAUAAUAUAUGAAGAAUUAAAGUGAGGAAGAGCAUCAACCGCACUGCCUUGCCAUUCACAUAUAAAUAUUUAGUCCAACUCCACCAACACACUUAAUUUCCAAGAGAGAGAGAGAGAGAGAGAAUGGCAGCAAGCGACCAAAGCAAAGAAGCCUGCCACUACCAAGAGUGGAUGAACCUCCAAGAGGAGGAGCUCUCGGAGCUGAACGAGGCGGCGUGCAGCAACGACGCCGAGCUGAGCCGACUGGUGGAGAAAAUCAUGAACCACUUCGAAGAGUACAUGCGGCAGCGCCAGCUGAUGGCCCGCGCCGACGUGUCUCCCUACUUCGCCCCCACGUGGUGCUCCUCCCUCGAGCGCUCCGUGCUCUGGAUCGGCGGCUGCCGCCCCUCCUCCUACAUCCGCCUCAUCUACGCCCUCUGCGGCCUCGAGAUCGAGUCUCAGCUCACCGACUUCCUCCACGGCGUCCACCUCGGCAGCCUGGCCCACCUCUCCGCCUGCCAGCUCGCCGCCGUCGACGACCUGCACCGGAAGACCAUCCGCGACGAGCGCAGCCUCUCCACGCGCCAGGCCUCCCUGCAGGAGGAUCUCCUCGACACUCCCAUCGCCUCCAUCGCUGUCGCGCCCCACGCCGCCGGGGGAAAUGUCGAGGCCGCGCUCGAUAAGCACGCCCGCGCCAUGGCCGAGGUCCUGGAGGAGGCCGAUCGCCUGCGCCUCGCCACCGUCAGGGAGAUUGUCAGGAUUCUCACGCCGCGCCAGGCCGUCGACUUUCUGGCGGCCGGGAAGAAACUCCGCCUCUGCAUGCAGGAAUGGGGGAAGAAGAGAGACCUCGAUCACGGUAGGAAUUAAUUAUUUUUUCUGCGAUUAAUUUUUCGCUAGGGUUCUUCGUCGAAUAUUCUAUUGCUUUAUAUGUCGUCUAU